AACUAUCAUGUCUAAAACUUGAGUAUUUAUUCAUAUAAACUUCGUAAAAGAAUUUUAACUGAAACUAAUGUUGAAACUAGCGAGUCAGAAUGAUUAUAAACAACCGGUGAAUAUCGCUAGUAUUUUCGUACUCCAGGGCCGUCUAUUCCUACCUGAAUAUUUGAGGCAUUUUGUACCACCUCGAAGGUUCAUCCACUCAGUAUACCACCUAAAAAAUUACUUUCUACAGGAAAAAGCGUACCACCUUACGUUUGUUUCAGGCAUUGCGUCUCAAACGUCCUACAAGAUAGACACCCCUGUCUUACUCAUGUUUUCUACUUGUGUUACAGGCAAAGUAUUUGUUGUUUCUCAUAUUAUUCUCGUGUGUCUGACAUAUCUCUAAGAACACAAAGAAAUUUCAUACUUGUCUUAUACCCAAUAUGUCCUAAAGAGAGGAAAAGAUGGUAAAACCCUAAGAACGUUAAGAGAAACCGUGUAUACUAUGUUUACCUUAUGAAGUUAAUGACCACUACUUUUAUUUAGAUGUCAAGCAAAUUAUCAGCUUCAGAUGAUCAGAGUCUUGCCACAACUUAUGAAAAGUACUACCGAAAUAAAAUUGUAUCGGCAUUACUUGACAUGUGCCAUGUUCGAACGAUGUUGUAUGCUUAUGCUAAGCAAAUCUAUGGUAGUGAAAAGCAAACUCGUUCAUUUGCGUAUGUCAGUGAUUUAGUUGAUGGUUUAAUAAAGUUAAUGAAUAGGAAUUAUUCGAGUCCGAUGAACAUUGAUAAUCCAGAUGAAUAUACAAUCGAACAAUUUGCAUUAAUUAUCAAAGAUCUUGUUGGUGCAAACAGUACUCUUGUUUAUAAAGAGGCUUGCACAGAUGAUCCAAAACAAAGAAGACCUGAUAUUACGUUAGCUAAAACAAUAUUAAACUGGCAGCCAACAGUCAAGCUUAAUGAAGGUCUUAACAAAACGAUUGCUUAUUUUCGAAAUGAAUUACUUGUUAAACGUCAUAGCGAACGAAAUGUUUAUUUUCCAACUGAAUGA